AUGAAGAUCCUUGGUACUCGUGUCUUCACGAUCCGAGACCAGUGGCUAAAGGUGAAGAGCGAGCUGGAAGAAGAACACCACGCGUACGACGAGAAAAUGAACACUUUGAUGGAGAUCGAGCGUCUUGAAAGUCUCAAACGACAAGAACACCGCGAUAAAAUCAAGAAACUGAAACGAUACGCAGAUCGCAAAAUUCUCGAAGAUCAAAUCGAAGAUCGUCGUCGAGAGGAGGAGGAGGCGCCGAGACGACAUGAAGCGGAGCUUCGUUGUGCCAACUUGCGCUCGAUGCAGGAGACAAUGGCCAACAAGAAGGCAGAACUGGGCGAGUUGCGAGUCAAACGAGCUGCUGAAGCGCGGGAACGACAGGCGCACGAAGCUGACAUGGCCUUGGCCAGGAAGCAUAAAGAGGAGAUGGAGGAACUGCGGCGAGCUCGUGAAGCUCAGGCGCUGCAUCGUGAGCGUGCUCGUGUUAAAGAGGCGACGAUGCAGCAACGCGAGUACGACUCGAUCAUGGUGCAGGUCGAGUCGGACAAGACUCGAGUCAAGGAGGAAGACGAGAAACGCAAGUUGGCAAGUAUGGCCCAUCGUCGCGUGCUGCAGUCUCAAAUCGAAGAGAAGGAACGCUUGAAAAAGCUCUCGUUUAUCAAGAAACAGAAAAAAGUUCAAGCAUUCAAGGAGGAAUAUGCAAAAGAGUUGGAGAAGUUGGAGAGGAUUCGGAUGGAGGAGGGUGGAGAGCUGGUCGAAGCUGGUGUGAAUCCGCUGUACUUGUCUGAGAUGAAGGCUCUCGUCAUUGAGAAGCAGAUUCGGUAG